AUGACUGCUCCUAAUGCUAAUACAGACAAUAAACGCAACAAGGAAGCAAAGUGAGUAUUUUAAAUAGUUAUUUUUAUGCAAUAGUUUUGUAUUUCAUCGUUACAUUUUGUUGCUAUGGUGCUCAAGUGCUGUCUGAAAUUCAUAUUUUAUAUCUUAUUUUAAAAGUAGAACGGCCUGUUGAUUUUAUAUAACUGUUAACAGAAGAACAAUCAACUUUUUGAAAUAUUUCUAUAAUAAGCUGUGACCAUUAUGAUAUAAAUUUAUACUGUAUAUUUAUUCACAGAAUUUAGAAGUAAAUUUUAUGCAAAAUAUUUUAUACGGAAGCACCUGUCAGUUUAUGAAAAAAAACUGUUCGCUUUGCACACUCUAUUUUCCACAUCAGCAAUACACAAAUCUUAACAAAAAGAAACGAGAAGGAAGAGCCUCUGGUCACAUUGGUUGCAAAUCCCACUUCCACACUUGAUUAGGUUCAGAAUUUGAAUCUCGCAUGUGAUUGGCCAUUUGUAAAAAUAUGUCAAACCGGUUUGAGAAAUAAACAUUACUGUAAGCUAAUUGUAGCUAUAAUGGUUAUAAUUAGCUUACAGUAAUGUUUAUUUCCCAAACCGGUUUGACAUAUUUUUAUACAAAUGGCCAAUCACAUGCGAGAUUCAAAUUCUGAACCUAAUCAAGUGCGGAAGUGGGAUUGGCAACCAAUGUGACCAGAGGCUCUUUUGCUAUUUAAAAAUGCAAUCACAAUACUGAACUAGCUUAUAUACACCAUCAGAAACAUGCCAUCAAACGCUUGCACAAACGAGUACAGUAAACUGUUAAUAAUGCAGUUAUACAGAAAACCCCAGCAAUCUCUACAUUUAAACCAAAUUCUUAAAUGAUAUAGCAUAUGGCUUGAUGCUCAUCAUGAUCCAGUGUCGUCCUUACAUACCUUCACAUCAUGUCUAUCCCUUGCCGACCUUCAUGCUGAUGGCGACCACAAGCUGUUGGUUGCAGACUUGGGAAACAAAACUCAUGAAAUGAAACUCAAAGUUUUCAAAGGAACCAAUCUUAUGGUAGAGAGUUCCAUUAUUGAUCUCCCGACAGGUUUGGUGACAUUUUACAUGGAUACUAAUGAACCACGGACACCAGCAGUUGCAGUCGCUUCAGGGCCCUUUAUUUAUGUCUACAAAAACCUGCGUCCCUAUUUCAAAUUCACUCUACCUCCGCUUGAAGUGAAUUCUGUUGAGCAAGAUCUCUGGAGUCAAGUUCGGGAUGACAAAAUUGAUGUGAAGAUCCUGAGAGAAAUGUUGGAAAGUUUACAAAAUGAAGGCAGCGAGGGGCUCCUUACCGUCCGCUCUCUUCGUUUCCUCCAGCUUGAGGAAGAUGAGCUCGAAGCCUUUGCAAAGCUUCACAAGUCUGCUCCGUUGAAACGGCAGACUGUGAUCACAUGUAUGAGCACUAUGAAGAAAACCAUGCCAGAUGAUGAUGCAAUCAGUUGUCUUGUUGUCGGAACAGAAAGCCAAGAUAUCUACAUCCUUGAUCCUGAAGCUUUCACCGUUCUUGCAAAGAUGAGCCUACCAAGUGUUCCAGUGUUUGUAUCAGUGUCAGGGUUGUAUGAUGUUGAGUUCCGUAUUGCAAUCGCAUGUCGUGAUGGAAAUAUCUAUACAGUCAAGAAAGGUGGAAAAGCAAUACGCACCUGUGUUGAAGUUGGAUCACAGAUCGUUGGUCUUGAACGGAUUGGGAAGACCCUGGUUGUCGGUUGCAUGAAUAACAGCCUUGUGUGCUACUCGUCAAAGGGACGGAAGCUGUGGUCUGUAUAUCUACCAGAUAGCAUCACCACCAUGACCAACUUAAACCACAAAGCAAAAGGCUUUAAGGCUGUUUUAGUUGCCUUAAAGAAUGGCGAAGUUCGUUUGUAUAAAGAGAAAUUUUUGCUGAGUACUAUGCAAGUUGAUGGGCCAGUAACAGCAAUGCAGUUUGGAAGAUUUGGGCGGGAAGAGAGCUCUUUGAUCUUGGUCACGCGUGCUGGCGGGAUGUAUGUGAAAAUUCUAAAGCGUACAGCUUCGUUUGAAGAGAAAGAUACGGUAUCAGGACCACCUCCUGCUCAGUCAGUGAAACUUAACAUCCCAAAGAAGACCAAACUGUUUGUUGAUCAAUCAUUACGAGAACGUGAGAACAGCACAAGCAUGCAUAGAACAUUUCAACGUGAUCUGUGUUUACUUCGUCUGACUGCAGCUAGAUCUUAUGUCAGUGCGCUUGAGAAGAGUCUUAACCCUGUGUCUACCUCUGGUGAACCUAUCAAAGUCUCUGCCCAUAUUCAAGGUUUUGGUCCAGCAUUUAAACUGACCAUCAAGCUUCAGAAUACGUCAUCAAACACCCCAUCCACUGAUUUACUCAUCGCCUUCCAGUUCCUAGAAAGUCUUUACAACCUCAGCAGGCCUUGUAUACCUGUUCCCUUGCUUAUUCCUGGAAUUGAAUACGUGUUUGAAACCCUGGUAGAGUGCAUCAGUGAUAAAGGAAUAGCUGAUGCUAUCAAGGUGUUUGUGGUGCACAAAGGAAAGAGUGUUCCUAUAAUUACGGCUGUUAUUAAUAUGCCUGUCAGCGAAGCUGUGGUUGCUGUGUAG